AGUCGCUACACUUAUGAGACUUCUUGUUGUUAGGACAUGCAGUCCCAUCCUGACUCCUCUGUGUCGGGGUAUGGCAUAUUAUCACAUUGAUUGGAAGCCAAAACCGUAUCCCUGCACAAAGGCCGAACGGGAAGCGGCUGCUAAACGCUACAAUCUCUUGCCUUCUGAUUAUAAACCAUUUGAGAAUGAUGGUUUAGCACCAGGGGACUACUUCUAUGUUGAACCAUAUAAUAUGGAAUGCCGCUGCCCAUGGGAACCCUAUGACUACCCAUCUGAAAGACGAGACUUUAAUGACCCGCAACAGUUCGAUGCUCAACUGUAUUUAGCUUCCGGAUAUAAUCCUGCGAAAUUAAAGGAAAUUUUAAAAGGCCAGUCAGUGUGGUAUAUGCUGUUCAAAACGUUUGCACCGUUAUUUGGCCUUUGGUUCUGCUUAUCUCUUGGUCAAAUGUAUUGCUUCUUUUUCCCGCUGAAAGCGAAACAAUACCCACAUGCAGUGGAUAAAGAAAAUCACUAUACUUUUGAAAAGCUUGGGUAGAUCCAUAUGUUCGAAUAGAAAGCAAUAAAAUCUUAGUAAACAAAAAGAAUGACU